AGACCCUGGAUGCCAAAUUGCCAAUGCCACUCUUGGCAAAACCUUUCCCAAACCAGUCCUAGCAAACUAAUUUCAUCGUUCAUCAUCAGGCUUGUGGCAGUCACCAGCAACAUCCACGACUCAACGAGGUGCGGUGCUGAACGGCAGCGAGAUGGCGGCGGCGGGCGACAAGAAGAAGAAGACGGCGUGCGUGACCGGAGGGAACGGCUACAUCGCCUCGGCGCUCAUCAAGAUGCUGCUGGAGCAGGGAUACGCCGUGAAGACGACGGUCAGGAACCCCGAUGACAUGGAGAAGAACUCCCACUUCAAGGGCUUGCGGGAGCUUGGGCCCCUGACGGUCCUCCGAGCCGAUCUCGACGAGGAAGGCAGCUUUGACGACGCCGUCGCCGGCUGCGAUUACGCCUUCCUCGUCGCAGCUCCGGUGAACAUGGCGGCAGAGGAUCCAGAGAAGGAGCAGAUCGAGCCGUCGGUCCGAGGAACGCUGAACGUGAUGAGGUCCUGCGCGAAGUCCGGCACGGUGAGGCGCGUGAUCCUGACCUCGUCGGCGGCGGGAGUCUACAUCCGGCCGGAGCUACGGGGCGACGGGCACGUCCUGGACGAGGGCUCCUGGUCCGACGUCGAGUACCUCACCGCCAACAAGCCACCAACCUGGGGUUACUGCGUCUCGAAGGUGCUUCUGGAGAAGGAGGCGAGCAGGUUCGCGGCGGAGCACGGCAUCAGCCUCGUCACCGUCUGCCCCGUGCUCACCGUGGGCGCGGCGCCGGCCACCAGGGUCCGCACGAGCGUCAUCGACAGCCUCUCUUUGCUGUCAGGCGACGAGGCAGGGCUCGCCGUGCUCAAAGGCAUCGAGAAGACCUCGGGCUCGGUGCAGCUGGUCCACGUCGACGACCUCUGCCGCGCCGAGCUGUUCGUCGCCGAGGAGGACGCGGCGGCGGGGAGGUACAUCUGCUGCGCGGUCAACACGACCGUCGUCGAGCUCGCGCGCUUCCUGGCACGCACGUACCCGCAGUACAGCGUGAAGACGAAUUUCACCGACGACGAUCAGCUCCUCGAGAAGCCGAGAGUGAGGCUGUCGUCUGCGAAGCUGGUGAGGGAAGGGUUUGUGUUCAAGCACAACACCAUGGAUGAGAUCUAUGAUGGCGUCGUCGAGUACGGCAAGGCACUGGGAAUUCUUCCAUAGUAACAUGACGAUGCUCCAAGAUAUUCUGCUCUCAAUUAUUGGUUCUAAACUUGUAAUUCUAUAAUCUGUAUCCAGCGUACUACUGAAGUCCACGCUUACGCUCCUAGCUAGUGAAGAAUGUUAUAUUGUGAAUGUUUGCAAUGACUUUAUUCAGAGCUCAUUUCCUACAACUAAAAAAAAAGACUACCGACGAUUUUUGUUUUUUCAA